AGCGGCAGAGGUCUCAGCCAAGACAGAGAUACAGUCGGUGUCGGCCUGUCCUGCGGUGGCACCACUUCCGUCAACCGCACCGUCGAGGCGGGCGACGAGAGUGAUCGGCAGCGAGGCACGAAGACACAGACUGCAUCUCUCCACCAGGCACGCAACGCAGAUCCCAUCCAUCCAUCCAUCCCACGGUCGCAUGCUGUCUGCCUUGCCCCUCUGUCUGUCUGAUUGAGUCGGUGGUCUUCAGGUGUCGGCAUCGAUGGCCCACUGAAUGCACCACUGACAAUGCAUCCAGUGCACCAUCAAUCCGGACCCAUGAGAACACAAACCACAUCAGACAGACAGACACGAGGCGGAGGCGUCAGUCAACUUGACUCCAUCCAUUUCAUCCAUUCACAUUAAUACCCAUCCGCGUAAGUACGUACGUCCCAUUCACUCAGUCGCUCGCUUACUCAGGGCGAAAAAGCCUCGCUCGCUUCUCCGAACCACCGAAAAACAUUCACACGACCAGUGACUCACUCGAAGCCUCAUUCCUGCUUGAUGGCAGUGUUAGUGUCGGUCUUGGGCUUCUUGAGGGGCAGGACGUCGCUGUCGUCAUCCUUCACGCUCACGCCACCACCACCAGCAGGAUCUCCAUCUCUAUCACCAUUCGCCGCCACCUUGUUGUCCUCAGCCAUCUUGUCGCCGCCGCCACCACCACCAUCAGCAGUCUCCUUGGCAGCCGCGCCACCCUGUUUCUGCUCGUCCGCCAUCUUGUCCUUCGAGUCAUCCGCACCACCAGUUGUGCCCUCCCCUGCACCUCUGCCACCCUCCUCCUUCACUUCCCGAGCCUCGACAGCCUUGCGUUUGUGCGGGAGGGCGCCUGGCGGUCUGGCACGCUCCCGUCGCUCUCGUGGCGGCGGGAUGGGGUCCCGAGGAGGCGAUUCGUCGUCCUGUUCGUGAGCGCCGGGCACGAGGUCGGGUAUGACGGCCUGGUAGGCUGGUCCGACGCGGAUGCGGGUGUUGCGGGCCGUCAUCCAUUGCUUGUGGGGGCGGGGAGGGGCGGGGUAGUUGAUGUCAUGAGUGGACGUGUCUGAUUUGUCCAGAGGAUCCAUCCCAAAGGCUAUCUGGAGCUGCCAAAGUGCG